CGUUGUCUUCCUUGUUUCUUAUAUCAUCGUCAUGUUUAUUGGCAUCUUGGUCUUGUUAGUGUCAUCAUUUAUUGGUAUUGUCGAUUGUCUAUUGGUGUAGUUUUUGUUAGUUGGUUUAGUGUUGAUUAUCAUUGUA